GGUAACAGUCCGCCACGACCACGUUCAAUUGUUUAUUGACCAUCUUCAAACAGCACUCCAGCCCCUCACUACCAGUAGCCCCCUGUACUAAUGAACGAAGUACCGACGGCACCACAGGCGACGCCUGCGCCGGCCAGUGAGUCCGCGACACCCACACAACACGAACGUACCCAGCGAUCCAACAGUCAUUUAUUUAUUUACCCUCCGCCGAGGUCAUUGCCACCACCAUCCCGAGAACUGCAAUCUUUUAAUUGUUUAAAAAUAGAACGCUUAAUUGCUACCAAUCCGCGCGACUGCACCGCCCGCCAUAAACGGAGCAUUCGAAAUUUAAAAAGUUGCAACUGGUUGUCGUUACGGCGGUAAUCUCGACGACAACACUAUCUGAACUACCGUUGCGUUGCUCUCACGCAUAAACAAUACUCGAUAACUUUUAAUUACACACGUAUUUGGUUGUAAAUCGUGCAAAAUUACAGUGUACAAGUGUGCAACGAUGAGACGGAUUCGGUGCAAAUGGCUGGUGUUGUUGAUGACAUUGUGUGUGCUGUUGCCGAGUGUGAUGACCAGGAUCGGCCGGAUGAACCGACAGAAGGAUCCGUUGACCAAGGCGCGCUGUGAUCUGAUCUGCGUACAAGUGGUGCCUGAGGACAGGUCACGAUGUCGCAGCGACUGCUACACCGGCGUGCAGAAGCCAGGCACCUGCCCUGCCGCUGACAGCGCGGGCUGGGCGGCCGCGUGCGUGGCGGCCUGUGAUAAAGACUCCCAGUGUGACGGGACGAAGAGGUGUUGUCGACAUGAGUGCGGCGCGUCGUGUCAGGAGCCCAGUGAUCUGACUACUGUGCCUGGCCUCCCCGGUCUACCAAUCAUGGGCGAGAUCCAGGAGAAGCGUCGCUCGGCCGUGCUGACGUGGUCGGACGGGGUCGGUGACCUCGCCAGGGCCGUCCCGGGCAAGGUCCUGUACAUUGUGGAGGAGCAGCAUCACCUCGGGCCGAAGUAUGAGGAGGAGAGAUUGGAGAACUGGAACUUUGUGCUGAGGUCUAAUAAAACCCGAGUAUCAAUCCGCGACCUGCUCAAGCCGGGCCGCUGGUACCGCUUCCGAGUGGCCGCGGUCAGCGCCGAGGGUACCCGCGGGUACUCCGCCCCCAGUGCGCCCUUCACCCCGCGCCGGCCCCCGCGGCCCCCGCUGCAGCCGAGGAAGCUGAGGGUUGUGCCGGUUGACGGAGAGAAUCAGAAUGGCACAAUGACAAUCCGUCUGAUGUGGGAGGAGCCGCGCUCGGACCUGCCGGUGCUGCGCUACAAGGUGUUCUGGAGUCGAAGGCUUCGAGGCGUGCAGAGCCAGCUCGACUCCGUCGUGGUCAACCAUCAGACUGUUGCUAAGACUCAAACGUACUACGACAUCAAGGAUCUAGAGCCGAACUCGAUGUACUUCCUGCAAGUACAGACCAUCAGCCAGUACGGGCUGACCAAACUACGCAGUGAGAAGGCGGCCAUCUUCUUCAACACUACCAAUGUUAAUGAAAAACCGCAUGCUCUGAAGAAGAAGAGCAACAAGAAACACAAGAAGAUCAAGGGUCUCAAGCUGAACCGUAUCAUAUGGCAGAGCAACCACAUCAUGGCCAACCUGACGUGGACCGCCAGUCGGGCCAGGGAGAAUGGCACUCCGAGGAGGUAUUACGUCCGAUGGCAGAAGGAGGCUUGUACCAACAAGGAGAUAAAGGAACCACAACAAUUUACAGCUACUACAAAGAAUGCAACGAUCGAAAUCGAUGACCUCGAGUAUAACUGCAGUUAUCGAGUAUCCAUCAACAAAUCACCAAUUACUAAAAGUCAAAGAAAAUUUGACGCAGAAUUAGUUUUUAAGGUUCCCGACUGUAAAACUUUUCAACGUAAAGUAUCAGGGCCAAAUACUGUGAAUUGCCAGAGUUAAUUCUUAAAAGUAGGUAAUGAAAUUUCUGUAGAAGCUUUAAAAUAAAUUGAGAACAACUAGGUAUAAUAAAUCAAAAAUUUAAAAUAAUUAUAAUGAAUCCCUACUUAUUUACUUAACAGUUUCAACACUUUGAUAGUGUAAUAAAAAACAUAAAGUUUACAUAUUAUUAUGUCCAGGCUAAAGACUGAUAAGAGAAUGAAAAUGUAACCUUAUUUUUGUCUUAAAAUACCUAUUUUUGACAUGAAUUUGUGCCUAAUAUCAUCAGCUAUCCUAUAAUUUUACUUAUGGAAAAUAAAAAUAUUUUAAGAUGCGAUCUAAGUAUUAUUAAUUUUAUUUUAUUUAGAUAAGUGACCUAUUUUAAGUCAGAAUAAAUGCAUAAAAAUA